UCCAGCUGUUGAGGAGAGUAAGCAAUAAGUGCUGAGAACUUUUGUGAAACGAAAUAUUCAACAGUGAGUGAGAGAGUGAGCUGAACUUUUCAAUGAAUGAGUGAGUGCGCGUUUAUGUUGAGAAUAGUAGCCUAAAUCAGUUGCAGUAAUCAAUUCAUAGAAGCAAUAUUUGAUUUUAACUCAUUGAUCGAAUUCUCAAGGAAAAUGAAUUAAUAAUUAACACAAUAACAGAGGACAGGAGAAUGGAAUCUCAGCAAUUUACUGAAGAAGAAGGACAAAACUAUGUCAGUUCCUCGUCGGAUGAAGCUCUGCCUGCUAUUGUGAGCGAAAAAAUACAUCUCACAAAUAGCAAUUACGAUGUGAGUCCCAGAAUGCGUCGUCGCGCCAUUCUGAAAGAUGGCUACACGAAUAUGUUCAACAGCAACGUUCCCCUGGCUGGACUGACGUCAAUCACUCAGGACUUCUUCACAUUCAUGAUGGAGUGCAGGUGGCGGACGCUGCUGCUUUUAUUCUUCACGAGCUUCCUCAUAUCAUGGCUGAUAUUCGCCGCACUCUACUGGGCUGUGGCGUUCGGUCAUGGCGAUCUAAGAGGCUAUGAGGAGCUACAUGAUCCUUCCAAAGAGCCAUGUGUGACAAUGAUGGACGACUUCAUUUCAUGUUUCCUCUUCUCAAUGGAGACGCAGUACUCUUCAGGGUACGGUACCCGAUCCCCCACCACAGAGUGCCCAGAAGCAGUAUUCCUGGUCGGCUUUCAGAGCAUAUUUGGAGCCCUCUUGCAACUCUCCAUGUCUGGUAUCAUAUUCGCCAAGUUUGCUCGACCCAAGAUGCGUCAACAGGCAAUUAUGUUCAGUGAGAAAGCUGUGAUCAGUCUGAGAGACAGGAGCCUGUGCCUGAUGUUCAGAGUGGGAGAUUGCCGCAAGUCUCGUCUGCUUGGAGCAACACUCAAUGCCAGGCUGCUACAGCACAGAGUAUCGGCUGAGGGUGAGAAGCUGCCUCACUAUCAACAUGACCUCAAACUGUCCGUGGAUUCUAGUGGAUCGAACGUGUUCCUUCUUUGGCCUCUGACAGCUGUACACCGCAUAGACUCGACCAGUCCUUUGUACGACAUCUCGGCUGACGACCUAGCCUCAGCCACUUUCGAGAUAUUCGUAGCCCUGUCGGGCACAGUGGAAACCAUGGGUCAGGACACGGAAGCCCGCACCUCCUACACUGCCACCGAGAUCCUGUGGGGACACCGUCUGGUGCCACUGGUCAAAACCUGCGGUCGAGGAUACAUUCUAGAUUACUCCCGGUUUCACACCACGUUCCCCGUCGAUACACCCCGCUGCAGUGCUAGACAACUCUAUUGCUGUACUCACAAUUACGUGCUGUUGAACAAGGGCGGACUGUUGGGUCAUGUUGAUGGCUUCUUAGAGCAGAGAAAAUACUAUCCUCAGGAUGAUUUUUCAGAAAAGGAUAAUAAAUUCUUGGACACUAAGGAACGUGGUGCUCCAGACAAGGAAGUAUUUUUGGGAAAUGAUGAAAAGUUCUUGGAGGGAAGAGUUGGAAUUUUGGAGGAGAAUGAUGGGUUUCUACCCAAUCAGCAUGAAUCCUUGGACAAUAGGGAUAGAACCCUGUGCAACAAUAGUGUUUUAUGGAGUACCAAUGGGUUAUCAGCCAACGAUAGAGACGUUGAGGAUAGAUUAAUGGAUUGUAAUAAUCAACAACUAUCAACAACUGAAUAUCCAUUAUCGGGAAAUGUUCAUGAGAAUCUGGACAAGAAUAUCCUAAUGAGAGAUGACAACAGACUUUCAAAUAACAAGGAUGAACUCCAAGAAAUCUCCACAGGUAGAGACAGAAUCCUGGAUAGAAAAAACGAGUAUCUCGGUUCAAAGAAAGCACUUCCAGUUGACGUUCUUCUUUUGGACAACAGGGAUGUAUUAUUAGACAGAAAAGGAGAUAGAUUAUUGAAUAACAAGGAUCAAUAUCACAACCAUAACAACCAUGAAUUCCUUGGAGGAAAGGAAGGAGCUGAAUACAGAGAAGAGAAUGAGAGAGUUCAGAAUCUGAGCAAUUCAUGUGUACCUGUCAGGAAGUUCUCGACGAUACUGAAAGAUGGUCCCGAAAGAGAGCUUCAUCAUUCACUGAUAUCGCUACAUGACAGGAAGCAGCGAACGAGGCUAACGACACUAUCGGAGGACGAUUUGAGGUGAUAGUUGAUUGUUUUUGUUUGGAAAAGUGUGAUCAGCUGUCAAAGAUUGACUAUAUUAUUAGUAUUGCAGACCAGUAGAGCAACAAAACAAUCGUUUUUCAAAAAAGCAAUCGAUUUUUGUAUUGAAAUAAAAUUUUUCUGUAAUACUAUUCGAUAUAUUGAAAUACAAUUUUUGAAUUCGACCUCCAAUGAGCCGUCACAUUAUUAAAAUUUCAAAUAACAUUAUACUUGAAUAUCACAGCAGUAAUACACAGUUUCACAUGAUUGUGUGAGAUAUUCAAGUAUGAAGUAUUGAUAAAGUAU